GUUUCAUCGUCCAUUAUCCAGAUUUCAGAUAAAAAGAGUAAAAAGGUUGUGGAGUUGAAUAACUGUAUCCACAGUUUGUCUUUGUGUCCAUUCGAGCCACUAUAGUUUUGUUGUGCCUUUGUUUGUUGAAAUCAGCAGCGAACUGGAUGAAAAGGUACAAUACGCACCACCAACACCAAGAAAUGGCCAAUUUUCUGCCGGAGCAGCUACAGGCAAGCUUUCUGCCUGCUCAGAGACAGAGUAAUUUCCUGCCAACGAGACAACCGAAUCAUAUCCUUACAAAACAAAGUUUUUCACCACAACAACUAAAUGAUUUUCUGCUGGGACAAAAGCAGGAUUAUUUCUCGCAGAUACAAGAACAAGGUAAUCUCCUACCUGGACUGAGACAGAGCUAUCACAAGAUGUUGACCAACCAAAUCAUCUCCCAAAUAAAAUCUGACGGCGUAUUUGACCAGCUCCGAAGCGAAUGUCUUUCAGACGGUGAUAUCACGCCUGCAUAUCGAAAUUUGAACCAGAGAGUUGAAGCCAAUGUGAAGGCAUUCUUGAGCACACAAACAUUUGCAGGGAACUUGAAUAAGUUACAACUAAGGGAGCAACUACGGAAAAAUAUUACUGAAUCUGGCAUCUUGGAUGCCAAUGUAGGACGUAUAGUAGAUCAAGUAGUGGAUCCGAAGAUUAACACCGUCUUCCGCCCUAAAGUACAAGAGGAAGUCUAUAAGUUCCUGGAAAAAGACAUAGCAGCCACUUUAACAAAUAAUUCAAAAUACCAUGAUGAAUCUAGAGAUGCCAAUAUGCUGAGUGCAGCAAAGAUCAAUGGCAAGAAGGAAAGUGAAGAAACUAGAAACUAUUUACCGAACAUUUUUGAUAGAAAUAAGAAGAAAAUUGGAGAAACAAGAUCAGGAUCUAAAGUAUGUCAUGAUAAAUAUAAAUUGGCUAAUGCUAAUAAUUAUCAGAAGAUCAAGGUUGACCAGCGCGAGAGAAGGGCCCAUAAUAAUUCUGACAAUUCAAACAAUAAACUCAAGACAGUUUUAAAAGCUAAUGAUCAAAAUAAAGACAGAGAGAUGAAGCAAUAUGGAAAAACUGAAUCUAUCAAAAAGAAUGACAGAGAACGAGAGAAGAAUGAGGAUAAAACUAGACAUGAAUCAAGAGAAAAAUUAAACAAGGAAAGAUCCCACACAACAAAUAAAUCUUCAGUCAAAUGUAAGGAAUCCUCAAUCAAAAACGAAGACAGAUCAGGCAGAAUUAAAGUUAAGAAAAAUAAGGGAGAAUCAGACAAAAAUAAUUCAAAGGAAAAUGAAAAAGACCAUACAACUGAACUAACAGGCAAAAAAGAGUAUGAUAGAGAAAAAAGCAACUCAACUAAGCAUAGAGACGGAUCGGUGAGCCUUCCUAAAGAAGACAAAGUUGUUUCAAAGAAAAAAAAAUCUUCAAACAAAAAUAAACAGUGUUCCACCAAAGAUAAAGAUUCCUCGAAUAAAUUAACAUCAAGCUCAAAAAUUUCAAAGGUUGAAAAUGAAAAAACUGAUGGACACUCCAAGUCUGAUAAACUCAAACUGAAAAAAACAGUAAAUUAUCAUAAUAAUGUCCAGGUCGAAAAUAAAGAUAUCCGUUCAGUAGAAAAAUACUCAAAUCAUGGUUGUAGUGAAAUAAGUUCUAGCGCUGAUUCAGGUAAAGUGGAGCAAAGAACCACAAACGGAAAAUCAGAGCCCAGAAGUUCAAGUGCUACAAAAACAAAGGUGAUAAAAACCACAGAAGAAAAAACAAAAUCAAGAAGUCCGUAUGGUAUUGAGACGCGGCAAAGCAAAAAGAAGAAGGCUGCAGAAAUGGCAAAUAAUAGCAAAAAGGAUUAAGUAUCAGUUAGGUCCAGCCAAUUAAAUAGGCUGUACUUUGGAUCGUUUCAAAUUAAAUUCAAUUCUUAGUUGAAGAAGUUCUAGAAUAUAUAUUUUAUUAUUAUGUUGAUUAGUUAUUUAUAGUUCAAUUUUGUAAUAUAUAAUUUGUUCACUGGUAUUACAUAGGUACCGG